AGGCAGGUGUGUGGUAGUGAUGUAAAAGUUUAUUUAGCCGGUUCACCGAUAAGCAUCAGUCUUAUUGGUUUGGGUUAACAGUUAAGCUCUGCUGCCGGCCGGAGCCCAGGGCCCUGCUGCUGUCCCGGGGGCGGCAGCCAGGACCUCCCGGGCGCAGGGACCAGCAUCCCUGGGCGUGGGUGGUAAGGCCCUGCGUAAAACGUGGGGGUGCUGCAGCACCCCCCGCACCACUAGUUCUCUGGUUAAAUGUUUAACCAUGUAACUGACAAAAUUGUAAUAGAUUACACAGUUACAUUUUUUUAACCACUAUUUACAUCCCUAGUCUGUGGAAAGUAUUGCUCUGGCACAGGGACUUGCGCUGCCAGCUCACGUGUUGCUGCCUUUGCCCCCAGGAGCCUGCCAUGAAGGUGCCAGUCAGCGUGAUCCGCCUGCCCCGUGGGCCGGAUGGCACAAGCCGUGGCUUUGACCCCAACUCCCCUCGGUACCAGGCUCUGAGCCCCAUCAGCAUCUCCACUAUGGGCUGUGGGAACGAGGCAGAUCUGGAGCGGGAGCAACAGGCCCGCGUGGCUCUGCGGGAGCGGUACCUGCGCAGCCUGUUUGCCAUGGUUGGCCACACCAUCCACUUCACGAUGUACGAGAGAGUCAACGUCUCGGCCUUCUUCGACGCCUCAGACAUUGACAUCUUGAACUUCCAGGUAUCCGACCUGCAGACCCCACUAGGUGUGCACAGGGAGGCGCUGCUCCGCUGCUCGGACAUCAUCUCCUACACCUUCGAGCUGUGACUGCCACAGGCACCCUGCCCACCUGUCCUGCUUUCUAAUAAAAACACACUCGGGUACA